CUUCUCAAGCUUCGCAUCAUCAUCUCUCUCAUUUUCUUCCUUCUUCAGUAUUUUCCCGGAAACUCUCCCAUUCCUUUGUUUCUCCCAAUCACUCUCUCUGAUUUUCUGGUAGAAAUUCUCUCUCUCUCCCCCUAGAUCAUUCCAUUUUCCUCUCAGAUGUUCUUUUAGUUUGGAGUUCUCCGAUGUUUAUUUCAUAUAUUUUUCUUGUACUUUGAUUGUAUCACUCGUUUUUACCGGUCGAUUUGGUCGACGCCAGUUAUUGGAUUUUUUUCCCCCGAUCGUGGUUUGAGGUGAAGUGGCGACACAGUGUAAAAGUGAAGUGGGCAUUUGGAGCUACGAACUAUGUCUGGGAACCAAGAGACUCCGGUGAGGCCGUCUUCGUGGCUGUGUAGUGAUCUGAAUGCAGGUAUUCCAAUCAAGAAAAGGAAGUUCUUUGUUCGGCCAUUGUCGCCGCCUGCCGAAGAAGCUUAUUCAGCACCGUCUGAAAACAGUUGUAAACCUAAUGAGCAAGGUGGUGGUGGUGGUAGUGGUAAUACAGGGAGUAUUUCGUGUUCAUUAGAUGUGAAUCCAAAUAUUGAAAAGACAUUAGCCCAUGAAAAGGUAGGGACUCGUGUUACCGCUGUUGUAACAGAUCAGAAAACCAUUGAUCGGUCAAUUUUGAGUACUGAAGGACAACACCGUUUGUUUCAGUCUGAUUUGAUGGGGAAUGUCGGGAAGACAGAGAAACCUGGUAAUGUUACAGGUGCCCAUGAAGUCUUUGGUUCUGCAAAAGAGAAGAUGACAGCAGCAGACGCUGAAGAUAUUGCCCAAGGGAUUGUGGAUCAAAGUAAAGUAAAAACUAAGGUGGACUUACCAGGUUCUUUGGUUUCAUUCACAGAUGUUGAGAGAAAAGAGCAGCUUGUUAAGCCUUCUGGUUCUGGCAUAGUCAGUAGUUCAAUGCAAUAUUUUUCUUCGGAAAAGUUAACAAUCGAAGGGAAGCUUAUUGAGUCUGAAAGUUCUGGAUUAGUUUUCAGUUCAGGAGAAAUUGGGAAGGGAGUAUAUCAAAAUGUUCUUACCACACGUAGCAUGAUUGAGGAGACGUGUGACAAGAAAAAUGUCAGUGCAGGAUGCCAAGCAGAUCUAUCUCCUGGUUCUUGUACUGCUAAUCUAUCACUGGGUUGUAAGACUGACAAUAGUAUUUAUCGCGGUCAGAAAGAUGAAUCUCUUGCAUUGAACUUGACAUUAAGCAAAGAGUUUUGUUCUCCACAUAAGACUGAUGGUAUAUCUGUUUCUACUGAUCCUGGCAGAUGCAAUGGUAUUAACAGAUCGAAUUGGGACUUAAAUACUACCAUGGAUGCUUGGGAAGAUGAAGAUUGCACGAGUGUAGGUAAAACAAAUCUUUCAUUUUUAAUCAGUGAGAGCACACCUCGUCAUGACGACAAGGCAUCAAGUAGUUUUGAUGAAACUGCUUCCACAAAAUCUGUUUCUGAAGAACAGGAAAAGCGAAAUGUAGGAUUGAAAUCUGAUGUUGUGGCUUCUAUGCUGUCUGAUCAUCAAGAUAGUUCUAGAUGUUCACUUAGUCUAGGCCUUAGCUCGUAUGCUUCUAUUGAGAAAUCUCCUUUAUUGGUUAGCACAACCCAGACCGGUUCUGCUUGUACAAGUUUUUCCUGGCCAAUGAUGGCAGCUGGGAAUGUAAAUUCUGUGAGUCUUAGAAUUGUCAAGUCAGAACAUCUUGAUGAAGUUGUUACUCAUGAAACUGAGAGUACCAACAUUUGUCCUGUUGAAUUAUCGAGUGACAACGCGAAACAGGAACUAGUUGGGAACUGCCAGAGAGCUGUUUCCUCAUCUGGUUUUUCAAAGUUGGUGAAUCCUACGCCAAUAAAAGUUGAACCAAAUUACUGCAAUCAAUCUGAAGCUGUCAAUAGGAAAGAUGGAAAAGCAAAUCAAGCAGAUACCUUAACAAUGCAAUGUAAUGAUAUGCUUGAUUUGCCUACUAUUUCUACUUCAAAUCAGAAGGAGAAACAAAUGCCUUUUCCCAGUGGCUACAGAAAAGUACCUGUGCCCUUGACUGGAAUGACUGAAACUCCAGGUGACUUGAACUAUUCUGAAUGUUCAUUGCAUGAAAAUUCAGCUCAGAGUAGCACUGAAGCUCAUGGCAUAUUACACAAGAAAUUGCAGCAUGCUCAAACCAAUAAUAUGAUCUCCCCAAGUUUUGGUCUAGCUGAUAAUAACUGCGAUGUGUCUGUUGCGACUGUUGCUUCCUUGACUGAAGACAAGACUGUAGGUGACUGCAAGACCUCCAGAUCGAAAGAGCUCCCUCUUAAUUCACGCAGAACAGAUGAAAACUCUCUAAGUGACGAAGAAAAGAUCAAUUUGUCUGGUGAUAUGCUGGAGGAAGAGUUGUACGACUCUGAUUUUGAGUCUGAUGGUGGUCAUGAUCUGUCUAAGUUAAAAAAGAACCAAGAUAACAAAAUCAAUGAGGAUGGUAAGGUCCAAGGAUCAGCUGCUGCAGUUGUCUCAGAAGAUAAUCCACCUGCUAAGAAGAGUAAGAUGGAACAUGCAAAGUGUAGUGAUUCUGAAACUAAAACCAUGGACAUUGCAGUUGUAUUUCGUGGCGAUUUUCAAAAUUCCAGCCAUAUUGAUAACAGAGGGAGUGAAUCUGCCAGCCGUGGUAAAACUGGUAAUGAACGUAGCAAAGCAUGUUCUGGUACAUCACGUGAAACUAAACUUAAGAAAUAUGCUGAUGAUGAUUCAUGUUUGUUGGAAUUAGUUGAUAUGCCGAGCAGUGAAGACGAGAUUAAGCGGCUUAUUCCAGAAUUUCAAGGGAAAGCACUUGAUGACUCAGGUGAAAAAGAAGGCCAAAUCAUUCAGGAUGGUGGUCGCUCGUCCUAUCAGGUCAUUCAUGCAAGUGAAGGUGUUUCAGGUGCGUCUACAGUAUCAAGUGUUAACAUUCAAAACCCUGAAAUAAUAGAUAGGAGUAGCACAGCUUCUUACGGGGCAGACAUUUCUUCUGGUGAUCCUCCUAAGGAGUUCAGUCGUGGUGGUAGUCAUAGCCGAAUAAUAAACUUGGCUCGCAUUUCUGAUAAAUCUUCAGCUAAAAUAUUAGAUGCUUCGGGAAGCUUUGGGCCAUCACAAGUGGAAAGCGAAAGAUUCUCUGAUCUCCCACUUGAAUCUAGGAAAUUUUUCUCGCGAGGAAGUAGAGAUGAAGUCUUCAAUGAUCAUUCCUACAGAUUCUCACGGGAAAGAUACCAUAACCAUUUUGGGAACCAAAGAUUGAAUUUCAUGCCUGGCAGAUGGAGAUUCUCUGAUCGAACAGAAUUCAAGCCAAGGGAUCGCGGCUCAGAAAAUUUUGAGUUCGAUAAUUAUGGAAACACUCGUGAGGAUGGUGCUUUUGUCAGGAGUUUUCGCAGAGGGAGAAGGACUUGGAAUGAUCAAGGAACUUUUUUCCCUCAUUCAUUUUCGAGAAGGCAGUCCCCUGGUAAUUCAUUUACACACAGAGGACCAAGAAACUCGGAUGAUGCAUCUGCAUUUCAUGGGCGUAGAGAUGGUGAGAAAUUUUCUAGGGGCUUACCACGCAACGAUAUAGACCUUAUGGCGAGGCCUCAACGUCCAUAUGAAGAUUUGGAUGGUCGUUUCGUUCGCGGGCAAAGAAAUUUUUCUACCAACCACAAAAGAGCUUUUCCUCAGUUUCGUUCACGAUCUCCGACUAGGACAAGAGCACGGUCCCCGGGUCCUUGCUCAUCGUCUAGGAAUAGAUCUCCAGACGGAUUUGCUGGGAAUCCAGAUUUUCCUUGUCGGAGAUCAUCUCCAAGUUACAGUGUGGAGAGGAUGAGAUCACCCGACCAUUCUGGUUUUCCGAGAGAUAUGGCUGUUAGAAGACAUGGUUCUCCAUCUUAUUCGGCGAGACCAUCAAAUGGUUUGAGGGAGAUGGGCUCUGUAAGAGGUCGUGGUUUUCAUAGAUCGGGCAUCUCUUUCAGGAAUCAGCCUGAUCGUGUUUUUAGAAACCAUGGGAAAUUUAACAUCAUGGAUUCUCGAGAAAGAGUUGAAUAUGGUGAUAAUAUGUUUGAUGGUCCAAGUCAUUCUGAUCGGUUUGGUGAGUUUGGUGUUAAUGUAAAUGCUGAGAGAAGAAGGUUUGGUGAUAGACAUGAUGGCAUCCGCCCUUUUAGACCAUCCUUUAAUACAGGUGAUUGCGGGCCUACUAAUAUUGAGAACGACCCUGAUUCUAUGAGGUUUGGACAGGAAGAUGCCGCUGAAACCGAAGAACGGGGAAACAUAAGGGAAUAUGAUAGACAGAAUAAGAACUUUGCUGAGAAUACAUUUGAAAGAGCAAGGAAUUUUGAGAAGGAAGAAAGUUCGAGGCACGGUGGAGAACUUUGGCAAGACGGCGAGUUUGGUGACGCUGAACAGGUUAAGAAGAAAGGUUGCCAAUAAGUUUUUGCUUAAAUCUGCCAAGACCCGGGAAUAUGUAAGUUACAGCAAGUUCAAGUUUGAUGGGUGGAUGGAAUAUCUGUGAAUUUGAAAUAGCCAUUCCAGAUUUGCGGAUGCUAUUCUGCAAUGAAUAUGGCGGGGUCUCCAAGGACAUCUCUGCUAGAUUGCUUCAAACCUUUGCAGUUUUAGUUGUGUAUACAUCAGUUUCUUCUGUUGCAUAAAUUUCUUCAUAAUUGCUAGGGUGAUGACUUUGACAAAGCCCUCAAUAAAUGUGGAAAGAGGAUAUUAACCGGAGGAAAAAUUCUGCAAACUACGUAUUUGGGGUUUUCUCAGGCUUCUUAGCACAGCACAACAAUCCUCUGCAAACUUGAACGGAACAAGAUGGGCCAAACGAAUAAGUGGGGAGGAAUGAUUCGAGUCCUUGGACAAACAACAAAAAGUUCUUGCUUACUCUACCGGGUGAGAUCGAAUAAAUCUUCUGAUUCAGCUUGAGCAAUCAUUUAUCGGCCUAAGGUCAAAUGCAGCUCCUGUGUGGGAUUGUUUUGGAACAAAACACUUAGAAGUAGGGUUGCUAGAACUGGAAUGAAAGGUUCACUCACGGAACAAACUGCAAACAGCUUGUUCUGUUGUAGCACUGUAUUAAACUCAAAUGGAGUGAAAAAAAGAGUGUGAUGCAUUGAAUAAGGAAACCCACCAAGUUUUUAUGUGAAUGAAGGAUUUUGAUUUGGCUUUGGGGCUGCUUUUGUUUCGGUCCCCCGAGAAAAUGUUCGACAUUGGGGACGGCAUUUGUGUGGGAUGGAUUUAAUGAUCUCAUCUACCCGGUGAAGAACCAUUUGUUAUCCAAGAUUCAGUCAUUGUUCCCAGUCAGGUUUCGUUGGAGAGAUCUAUAACGAAUACGAGCGCGGAGCUGUCCCAGAGGAUGAAUGUGUGCGCGUGCUCCUUCGACAAUGACCUCAGUGUGUGAAAAGCCGACUCUCUAAUUAGACUUUGGAGAGAUGGAUGAUUCUCAACCAAAGAGACGACGAUGAUUGAUGGUUGAUGUCAUGUUUAAUUGGAAGACAAGCAAGCAUAUGGUCAUGAUGGGUCUUGUUUCAGUUCAGAGAGUAAAAGAACGGUCUCUGUCGGUGGUGUUCCUGACCAUGAUGACUUUAGAAAUUUCAUUUCAUUUUUACGACGUUUUAUGAAUGGUAGGCCCCUUUUUAUUCAAUCAAACUUUGAUAGAAUCCAUCAUGGGUUUUGGGAUUA